UCGAACCACCCACUCCCAUCAAUGAUUGCUUAUCGUAAACAAUCAUCUUACUGACAUUAUCGGGAACAAUAUUUAAGUUUUGUAAUUAUAUAUUUUGUGUUCAAAAUUCUUUAACAAACAUAGUUUACAUUUUACUACUUUCAACAAUAGUCUGCAGACUCAUGGAUUCCAAUACAAAUCCCAAUCCAAACGAAAGUGACCGUUUGCUAACAGGACACCACACAUGUAGCCAUUGUUCAUCAACGUUUCGAAGUAAAGCACUCUUAGCGCGCCACAUCAGUCAGCUACAUCCGGAAAAGAAAAGAUUCAAAUGCUCUCAUUGCGAUGCAGCGUAUAACUUGCAGAAAAACUUUUCCAUCCAUCAAAUCGUGCAUAAGCCUGGCAAUCCGCCGUUUAAAUGCCCCCAAUGUGGUGUUGCCUUUCGCCGUCAUUCCACCUUGGUGGGUCACAUUGAACGGCACUACGUCAACGAGGAUCACAUCUGCGCCAUAUGCGACGAGCAGUUCCAAACCCUGGACGAACUGAAAGCACAUGUUUAUGAGGGCCAUGAGGAAGGACUGCGAAAAAGGGAUGUGUCCAAGGUGGGCAGAAUUGCUAUUGUUUCGUCUCGAGACAGAGAAACUUUCAAGUGCAAUCUGUGCGAGGACAAAAUCUUCGCCAAAAGAAGUUUGCUGGAAAGACAUUUUCUCAUUCAUACCAAGCAAAAGCCUUUUGUGUGCGACAUCUGCGGCAAAGCAUUCAACCAGAAAAGUACACUAAAAACACACACGUUGGUGCACAGCAAAAUCCAGGAGUUCGUUUGUCUGCUAUGUGGGUUGAAAUUUUCACAAAAGGUCAACCUGCGCGUACACAUGCUUCGAGUGCAUCCAAAACGGACCAGUUCUUUGGCGGGAGGACAGCCUUGUCCAUUCUGUCCAUGUGUGUUUAAAAAGCUUGGCAGUUUAAAUGCUCACAAAACGAAAGUUCAUGCAAGUUUACUGAUAGACACUAUCAAAGAUCGAUAUGUGGCCACGAAAACCGUUUCGGAUUCAACAUCGUGUGAACCGACACUAGGGAUCAUCUAUAAGUGUAGUAGUUGUGGAGUGAAUUUUCCAGAAAUGGAGCAACUCAACCAGCACAUCAAAGAACACGAAAAGGAUGUUCCCCAUCCUCAUCGAUCUACGUCUGACAUUAUACAGCCUAUCGUGGCCAGUCGUAGUAAGGAACAUUUACAGGGUCCUAGCGAACAGAGACGUUAUUCGUGCGAGAUUUGUCCGGCCGCUUUUAAGAAAUCCAGUCAUCUCAAGCAGCACAUCAAGUCUCAUUACGGACUGAAAGGUAAUCGUUGUGGUAUAUGCAACAAAACUUUCACGACAAGCCACACGCUGAAAGUACACUGCAAUAGUCACAGUCAAAACUCACACCUGCACUACAAAUGUGACCAAUGCAGCGCCAGUUUUAGUCUCCAGUCAAGUCUUCGCAGACAUCAGAAGCAUCACGACAACCCUGAUAGGUCCUAUAGUUGCCCUUACUGCAAGCGAGUAUUCAAAUGGUUUCAGAAUUGUAAGACGCAUAUGAAGAAUAAUCACUCAGAAGUCACGGAUCAACAAGACCCUAUCGCAUUUUUUUCUCACAAAUCUACAUCGAACACUGAACAGUUAGAAAUUACUGAACAAAACGAACCUGAACUCGCCGAAGAAAUGAUCAUCGAUGUGAGCAACUUACCGUCCAAUGUGAGCAUUUUGGACAUCAGUAAUCUAACGAAUUGCAUUGUGAGGAUAGAUGAUCAACUGUACGAGCUACCAGUGCAGAUCGGCACGGAGUUUCCACUUCACGAGGAAACAGACCUGACGGAAAUGAUCACGAAAAAUGCAACUGGAGGCACAGUUCAGUCGGAAGGUGAAAUUCUCAAAUUGAACAACUCGGAGGAUUCGUUGUUUCAAUAUAUGGAAGAAGUACGCCAAGAGGAUGAGGUUGAAACGACAGCUGUGUCAGAAGAAAAGACGGAUCAUGUAAGCCAAAAGCUGAAGCCGAAAGAAAGAAAGAUUCCGAACACAACUGAACAGGAUCUGUUUGAGGAGGUGAUUGAAGACGGGAAGAAAAAGUACGGUUGCAAGGGGUGCCGGAAAGUUUUUAAGAAACCAGUUGAUUUACGCCGACAUAUUCGAACCCAUACAGGUGAACGACCUUUCCGAUGCGACAAGUGCGCCAAGAGUUUCACCCUCAAGGCCGUCCUCGGGGCGCAUCUCAAAACUCACGAGUUGCAACGAGAAAUGAUACCCUGCCCGGAGAAGGACUGCGGCAGCCGGUUUUCCAGCAAAUCCAGCCUUGAGCUGCACCGGCGCAUCCACACUGGCGAUCGACCGUUCCAGUGCGGUGUGUGUAGGCUCACAUUCCGAACGUCGGGUCACGCGCAGGCCCAUAUGACUUCCCACGCACGGUUGGCCAAACGGCGUGAGCAGAACAGUUUCGAAUUUCUCUGUCAGACAUGAAACAUUUUAUUUUUUUGAUAUAAAGACAAGAUUAUGCGAGAAACGUAUAAAAAGUACAAAGAUGGA